GUUCUGUGUUGGCCUUGAGAUGCUUCUUGCUCAUGCUGUGUGAGUCUGGGUUACGUGACAGGAAGAGACUUCCCAAGUCAGUAUACAGUCUGCUGCUGUACUGAGCUUUGCUAUGAGAGGUAGGACAUGUUUGGCUGUUGACUUAGUGUGGUUUUUUUAUAGGCUUUUAUGAAGGAAGGGAUGUAGGUGAGCGUUUGUUAAGUUUUGAGAGUCCUGUUUUGGUGUCAUCCAGAUUGGUAGAAAUAGAAAGUCCUUAAUAAUAUGAGAGUGGUUUAUUUCAUUGUAGCAGAACUCACUGGGUCUCAGUGGAGUUUAAUGCCAAGAAAUUACCUGGCUUUAAUUUGCACAUUGUGUCAGUGCCAGAGGCUAAAAUGUUAGCGGGUUAGGGUGUGGGGGAGAAGCAGUGGAAAAAUUACAAUGAGCAUUAGUCAACUGAGGUUGAAUAUAGGGCUCCUCACAGGGGAAGCCUGGUUUGUUAAGCAACUCGAUCUCUCCCUGUGAGAUCAUACGCGCAAAACAGGUUGAGCAGUGUCUGCGGGCGUUGCCCCAUGGAAUUUGUAGAUAAGGAUGGGUUAUACCUGCCAGUUCUCAGCACAGAGUCCAGUUACAUUCUGCAGCUUCCAGAGGGAAUAAGCCUCCAGAGGAACACAGUUAUUCUAACUUUCUUGUGGCCCAGGUAUCACUACCAACACUGAGAUGGCAUGGUGGAAGGCUUGGAGCGAAGCAGAGGGUGUGUCUGUGACAGGUGCUUUAAACUUUGACCCUGCACCUGAUGCUCAAGCCCUGUACAAGGCCAUGAAGGGGCUUGGGACUGAUGAACAAGCUAUAAUUGAUGUCCUAACUAAGAGGAGUAACAUGCAGCGUCAACAGAUUGCCAAAUCCUUCAAAGGACAGUUUGGAAAGGAUCUGAUUGAAAGCCUGAAGUCUGAACUGAGCGGCGACUUCGAGAGGCUCAUUGUGGCUCUCAUGUACCCCCCGUUCAAGUAUGAUGCAAAGGAGCUGUACGAUGCCAUGAAGGGUGUGGGAACAAGUGAAGGUGUUAUCAUAGAGAUCCUGGCAUCACGAACAAAGGCGCAGAUCAGAGAGAUAAUCAAGGCGUACAAAGAAGAAUACGGUUCUGAUCUGGAAGAAGACAUAAAAUCAGAAACAAGUGGCUAUUUUGAACAGAUUCUAGUUUGCCUUCUUCAGGGUGAGAGGGACAAUGCCACUCUCUAUGUGGAUACCGCGUUGGCUCUCCAGGAUGCAGAGACUCUCUAUGCUGCUGGGGAGAAGAUACGGGGCACCGAUGAGAUACAGUUCAUCACCAUCCUGUGCACGAGGAGUGCCACACACUUGAUGAAAGUGUUUGAAGAAUACCAGAAACUUUCUGGUAAAAGCAUAGAAGACAGCAUCAAGAGUGAGACUAGUGGCUCACUAGAGGAUGCUAUGCUGGCUAUUGUGAAAUGCACAAGGAACAUCCAUUGCUACUUUGCAGAAAGGCUAUACCAUGCUUUAAAGGGGGCUGGCACCCGCGAUGGGACCCUCAUAAGGGUGAUUGUUUCUCGAAGUGAAGUUGACUUAAAUCUUAUCAAGGCUGAAUUCAAGCGGAUUGCAGGACAGUCUCUCUCCAGCAUGAUUGUGGAUGACACCAGUGGUGAUUACAAGACAGCCUUGCUAAAUCUCUGUGGCAGUGAGUGACAAAAUCUAGGAGGAAGAUGCUGAAAUGGAUACAGAAAGCAAAUUAAGAGAAUAAGUGCCUGAAAAUGCGCACACAGAAAAUCCUUCCAUUGAUUCAAGGAGGGUUGAGGGGGUGGGAGGGGGGUUGGGGUAGGGAGAGAUCAAAUUAGUAAAGAUUUCCAAAGCUCCCUGAGAAACAUGGAUGCUUAGUACACAUUAAAAACUGUUUACUUCCAUAAUGGUGUUAGAAACACUUCCAUUUGUGUUUGGUUUUUGCUUCCAUUUCAUUCUGUGUAAUUUCUCUUCUUUUCUAAUGCAUUUUGAAGGGCAGAAAUCUCUUAUCCUUUAAGUGCUUGUUUCCAGCAAUAUCCCAAUUCCUCACCUGGACUAAAAAGUGUAUUUCUAGACUGAGCAUGAAGGAUGGGCUCUUCGCUCAGUCUCUGGGGGGUGUGGGUGAGCUGCACAGCUAGAUGCCCUCCAGUCAGGGGAAUGUCCUGCUGUGGUGGCAUGCCAUUGCCAGGUCCUCUGGGCUUCCUCCAGUUCAUGAGCCCUGGGCUCCUUCACCUGUCAAGAACUGAACAGACUCUUAACACAGAAACUGAGGUUUAAGCAACCUUUAGGUGAGAUACAAAUUGUAAGCUCCUGGGUAUGAGGUAUUGCGUACCACC